CGUGUUGGGGGAGCGAGCAAAGCGAAUAACAGAGGAAGAAGACGCAGACCUCUCCUCUGCGAAAUCCCAUCACCGAAAAAGAAAAAGGGGCAAAUGAGUGGCAGAUGGAGAACUGCCUCGCUUCUCCUCCGCCACAUAGCCGCCUCCUCCAAAUCCAUCACUCACCAUGUUUCUCGCCCUCCUGUCUAUCCCGCGCGCCGCUUCCUCGGUUUCGCAGCUUCUUCUGCGAUCCCUUAUCGUGGCCCCCUUGAUUCCGACGAUUUUGAUGCUUCGGUUUCUCCUAAUUUGGACCACAACUAUGAAUUGGGAGCUCAGGAAGAUACCGAGGGCGUGAAAAUUCCCGUCAAAGCUUACUUUCUUUCCACCAGUAUAAACUUGAAGAACAUUCAAGCUGAGAAUUUAGGAAACAUUAUUCCUCCAUCCUCUCGCUCAUCAAACUCCAUUGCUCUCCGAUUCCGUAACUUCAAUUCAGACACUAAUGGACUUGGAACACGUGAGAAAGCAAGCAGCUAUCGGUACAUGGUGAUAUUCCAGUAUGGGUCUGCUGUUCUUUUUAAUAUUGAAGAUCAUGAAGUGGACAAUUACCUGGAAUUAGUUAGAAGGCAUGCUUCUGGAUUGCUUUUAGAGAUGAGGAAGGAUGAUUAUGCGGUGAAAGAGAAGCCACACUUAGUUGAGGACAUGCGGGGAGGGCCAGACUAUAUAGUUCUGAAAUCUUUGGACACUGAUGGUAUCCGCAUCAUUGGUAGUGUUCUGGGACAAAGCAUAGCACUAGAUUAUUUUGUUUCUCAGGUGGAUAGUUUAGUUGAAGAGUUUGCAGAUAUAAAUCGUGGAAUGGAGAAAACAGGAACUUUCACAAUGGAUAAGAAGAAGCUCCUUCAGCUCGUUGGAAAGGCGAAUUCAAAUUUGGCUGAUGUGAUUCUUAAAGUUGGCCUCUUUGAGAGAUCAGAAAUUGCCUGGAGGGAUGCUAAGUACGCUGAAAUAUAUGAGUAUCUUAGGGAAGAGUAUGAAGUUGCACAACGUUUUGGAAACCUGGAUUUCAAGUUGAAAUUUGUUGAGCAUAAUAUUCAUUUUCUCCAAGAAGUGCUCCAAAACAGGAAGUCAGAUUUCUUGGAAUGGUGCAUUAUUUUCCUAUUGUUUAUCGAAAAUGUUAUAUCCAUAUACGAGAUCCUUCAGGAUUCAAAUACAAUUUCUUAGUUAGAGCUGGAUUGCUGAUGUGUUAUUUAACCCUAGUUCUUCCAAUUUUUUAUUAGUUAGUUAUUUUUGCUUUUCAUUUUGUAAUUAUGAUAAAGAAAAUUCAUAUGCCCGCCUAAAUUUUGGUUUAGCUCAUAAAUAACAAGGGAGCCGGAUGAAAAUUACUUGAAAUUGUUUAGUUAUCUAUGAGAAUGGCUAUCUCAUAACCAAAAUCUACAGUAUGAAA